AUGACCCACAACUGUACAGAAAAUGUCAUGUGCAACUGCUCUAUCAGAGAUUUUAAACACACCGUCUAUCCAGCUGCCUACCUGCUCAUGUUCUUCCUGGGGCUGGUGGGAAACCUUGUGUCCUUGUGUUUUUUCAUUGGGGUGUGGAACACAAAGAAGGCAUUCGGCUCAGUCAAUAUUUUCAUGCUAAACCUCCUGGUGUCAGACCUGAUGCUGGAAUGCUCGUUACCAUUCAGGGCAGCCUAUUAUCUCAUGGAUUCAACGUGGGCUUUUGGGGACCUCACCUGUCGAGUGAUGUCCUACGUCUUCUACAUCAACAUGUAUGGAAGUGUUUACUUUCUCAUGACGCUCAGCAUAGCUCGGUUUGUGGCCAUCAUUAAACCGUACUGGUAUAGGCAGAUGAGGAACAAUCGUGGUGCUUGGCUCGUAUGUAUCCUCAUUUGGUUAUUUGUGGCACUAUCCUCCAUUCCACUGCUCAGAGCGGGCAUAGUCACAGAUGAAAAUGGCCAUGUUAGAUGCUUAGAACUGGAUGUUGAUAUGGUGGAUACCAUAAUCACCAUGAAUUAUGGUGCCCUUUGCUUUGGCUUUGUCAUACCCUUUGCGGUCAUCUCCGUCUGUUACAUAUUCGUGGUUCAUAACUUGCUGAAGUUGAGAAAAGCAAAAGAAGCAAAGAAAUGUCAGUACAACAAAUCAUGCUCUCUCGUCAUCAUUGUGCUCCUUAUUUUCCUGGUCUGCUUCAUGCCAUAUCACACUGUACGUACCCUCUUUCUGAAGGCAGAGAGGGAUGUCAAUAUGAACGGUUAUGGGAACUCCUGUGAGAAUAUUUCCUGGUGGCGCAAAGCAGCUGUUAUCUCUCACUGCCUAGCUGUGGGUAACAGCUGUUUGGAUCCUCCCCUUUACUUUUUUGCCGGAGAGAAUUUUUGGACGUUUUGGCAGGACAUGAGAAAAAGGACCAUACAACGCAACGGGCAGAGGAACACAUUUAGACAAGGGGCACAGAUCGGCAAGCUUACAGAAAAACACGAGCUGCGACCCAAAGUGCCAAAUAUUCCUAUCUAA